CGAGCAUUUUCGUCGUGUUGGCUGCAUCAUGAGUCAGUUUGUCCGUGCGUCCAAGUACCGCCAUGUGUACAUGGAGCCUGCGAAGAUCGAGAAGAGCUACACCAACCUGCGCCUGGCGACGGCAACGGGCGAGCAGAACUACAUCAAGGGCAACACCAAGUUCUUCGCCGUGGCCAUCCAGGCCGGCGGCGGCGCGUUCGCGGUCGUGCCCUACGAGAAGGUCGGCAAGUUCGAUCCGGACUUCCCGCUCAUUGGCGGCCACCGUGGCGCGAUCAUGGACUUUGACUUUAACCCGUUCCACGAGCACCUCAUUGCGUCGGCGUCCGACGAUACGACGUUGAAGGUGUGGGGCAUCCCGGAAGGCGGCCUCACCGAGACGAUGACCGAGCCGCUCGUCGACUUGACGGGCCACGGCCGCAAGGUCACGCUCACGUACUUCCACCCGACGGCCUCGAACGUCUUGGCCUCGACGUCGGCGGAUUACACCGUGCGCCUCUGGGACAUUGAGAAGGGGUCGCAAAUCGUCAACAUGGAGCACAACACGGAGAACCUCGUCCAGGACAUGGCGUGGAACUGGACGGGCUCGACGCUCGCGACGACGUGCAAGGACAAGGUCGUGCGUCUCUACGAUGCGCGCUCGGGCCAGGUCUCGGCGCAGAAGGAGAACGCGCACGAGGGCAGCAAGAGUGUCAAGCUCACGUUCCUCGGCGAGAAGGACCUCUUUGCGACCGUUGGCUUUAGCCGCCAGUCGCAGCGCCGCCUCAAGGUCUGGGACCCGCGCAAGCUCGAUAAGGAGCUCAAGAAGAUUGACAUUGACCAAGCCGCGGGUGUCAUCAUGCCCUUCUUCGACGCCGACACCAACAUCUUGUACUUGUGCGGCAAGGGCGACGGCAACAUCCGCUACUAUGAAAUGAACGACGCCGACCCGUUUGCGUACCCGCUCAACGAGUACCGGUCGACGGUCGCUGCCCGUGGUAUGGCCAUGAUCCCCAAGCGUGGCUGCGACAUCAUGUCGUGCGAGACGACGCGCCUCCUCAAGCUCACGACGAACGCGGUCGAGCCCCUCCACGUGUACGUGCCGCGCAAGUCGGACGCGUUCCAGGACGACAUCUACCCGGACACGUACGCCGGCGUGCCGUCGCACACGGCCGACGAGUGGCUCGCGGGCUCGGAGAAGGGCCCCGUGCUCAGCUCGCUCAACCCGCGCACGUUUGGCGAGAUCACGUCGCACGGCAAGGAAGGCACGGCCGCGGCCCGCCCGACGCGCGUCACGCGGACGCCGUCCUCGGGUACCUCGGCGCCGCCUGCCCCCGCGGCGUCGGGCAAGUCGGCGUCGGCGCUGCAAGCCGAGCUCGACGCGGCCAACGCACGCAUCGCGGAACUCGAAGCCAAGUUGACGGCGGCCAACAUCGACUUUUAGACGAGGAAAUUUAAUGCUAAUGAAAAACAGGUGCGGCUGCAUCGACAUCACA